AUGCAGGCUCUCAAGGACAUUGUCCUUCGACUCAUCAACGUUUACAUCUCCCCCUACGUCGACAAUUUGAACUCCGAUGAUCUGUCCCUCUCCUUGUUCAGUGGCAAUCUCCAAUUUCACGGUCUUCAUCUGAAGAAAACCCUCCUGGAGCGAUUCGGGCUGCCGGUAGAGAUCGUGGCCGGCGACAUUGGAAGCCUGUCCAUUUCCAUACCGUGGACACAGCUCAAGACACAGCCGGUCAAGGUCGCGAUCGAGAAUGUCUACGUUCUUGCGAGAGCUAGACCACCGGGGAAGGUGGAUCUGGAAGAGGAUGAACGGAUAGAACAGGCCACCAAGCAGGAAAAGUUGCGCAGUGCUGAAGAAGUGGACAAUGCGGCGAUGCAGGUCGGAGGACAGGGAUCGACUGAUGAGGGGAAACAAACGUACAUUGGCGCAAUCAUAUCGAAAGUCGUCGACAAUGUUCAAGUUCACGUUAGGAACAUUCAUGUCCGGUAUGAAGAUCCCUUCAGCACGCCAGAGCAUCCCUUUGCCGCAGGGGUCACCCUCACCGAAUUCAAAGCGGUAUCGACGGAUUCGAAUUGGGUAGAUGCGUUCAUUCAAGACAGCGUGCAGGGUGUGCACAAGCUCGUCAAGCUCGGCGCAUUGUCAGUCUAUUUUGACACGGAUACUGGGAGCUUGGACAGAGGAUCCGAAGAUCGCCAAGGAACCCUGGACGCGCUCAACGCCAUGCUGCUGUCCAAGAAUGACAACCGACAGUAUAUCCUACGACCAGUGACGGGUGAAGCUAGAGUCAUCCUCAACCACCAGAUGGGCAAGGAAAAGCCAAAGGUCGACGCUCAAGUCAUAUUUGAUGAAAUUGGCGUCGUCUUUGAUCGAGAUCAGUACCGUGACGCACUUUCAUUGAUCGACGUGGUCCACUUUUAUCGUCGCACUCACCAAUACCACAGAUUCCGCCCGCCCGAGGAAGAGUUUGAAACGAAUCCAGCCCGAGCCAGAUGGCGUUUUGCGCUCAACGCGAUCCAGAGCGAAGUUCACGAUCGGCACAAGAGGUGGACUUGGGAUUAUAUUGCCCAACGGAGGGAUCUCAGGAAAAAGUAUGUUGACGUCUUCGUCAAAAAGCUUGGUUUGCCAGAGGGCAAGCCUUUGCCGAAGGAUGCUGCAGAAGAUUUGGACAACUUGGAGCGAGAGCUGUCGUACGAAGACAUUCGGUACUUCAGGUCCGUGGCCCGAGCUCAAGCGAAAAAGGAUGCAGCGACCCGCAGGAAGCUGGAGGCUGAACGGCGGCGAAAUCAGCCCCAGCGACAGACCUGGAACGAGUGGCUAUGGGGAGUUCCCAAGGUAGAUGAUUCUGGAAUGACAGAAGAGGAGCAAAAGGAGAUUGACGAGAUCAUCGACUACGAUCGUGCUGCCGCGCCGGCUAUGGGGUCGACCCCGAGAGACUUCAUGAAAGCAAGGAUAUCUGCGACGCUCAACAAGGGAUCCUUUUCCCUUCGGACAGAGCCUCACGGAGCGACAACUGACAUCAUCGCCCUCGUCUUCGACUCUUUCUCGGCGGACGUCGUUCAACUGACCGAAAGUCUAUCCGGCAGAAUAGCGCUUGGAGGCUUCAGGGUCUAUGAUGGUACUGCUGCGGGUUCACUUCAUCCACAGAUAGUACGCGUCAAGGAUAUCGAGAAUCGAUCCUCGACCUAUAGCGACAAAGGCAAGAGUCGGCAGACCAGCCUGGAUGAUUCUCAAGGUGUCAAAGGUGCCAUUGAAGAAAUCAACGAUGGUUUACCGGAAAGCGCUGAUCCAUUCUUUGUCAUGGAGGUGGAGCAGAAUCCCCUAGACGGUCACGCCGAUAGUUCCGUGACGGUCCGGAUGCGUCAUCUCGAGAUCAUCUAUCAUCGAGGCUACGUCGAGGCUGUUGUGCAAUUCUUCAAGCCACCAGCGAGUCAACUGGAGUCCAUUGGAGCACUUCUGGAUGCAGCUGGACAGACACUGGAUGGCAUCCGAAAGGAGACCAGAGCUGGUUUGGAAUAUGCUUUAGAGCAGCACAAGACGAUCGAUCUAAAAGUUGACAUGAACGCUCCGAUCAUCAUCAUUCCCAUGGACAUCACCGCAGAGGAUAGUCAAGCAUUGGUUCUGGAUGCAGGACACAUAGCUGUGGAGAGUCAACUUGCCGAUCAGAAACAGCUGCAAGAGAUACAAAGCAAGCGAGGUCGACAAUACAGCGAUGACGAUUUCCGGCAACUUGAAGACCUCAUGUACGACAAGCUCUCCCUAAGAUUAGAGUCAACCCAACUCCUCAUGGGUCCGAGUAUCGCAUCCUGCAUGAGAGCCAUCGAGGAUCCUCACAGCUCUGGACAAACCGAUCUGCACAUUCUCGAACGCAUCAAUAUGUCGUUUUCGGUCCAGAACGCCAUCACAAAUGCUCAAAAUCUGACUCGUUUCAAGAUCGCGGGCGACCUUCCAGAAUUGCAGGUCAACUUUUCGGAUCGCAAGUAUAAGAAUUUGAUGAAAUUCAUCGACACUGCGAUCCCCAGAUUCGACAGUGAUGAUUCCUCAAAGGACGAAUUGAUCGUACCUCGUAUUGCCGACCACUUGCCGACCUUUCGUCAACAACCUGUGGAAGAGUACACCCUGGAUGAUAAUCGGUCCAUUGUCUCCCACAAGACUUUUGACGAUCACGACGACGAGAGUUCGGUGGAAGACAAAGGCGGAGAAAAGUUCUACGAGCCCCAUGACGAUACUACAGACACUCAGCGUCGCGAUCUGCAGCAGAUCACUUUCCAGUUCUCCUUCUCAGUUGGUAAACUUCAGACCUCGUUGUACAAGUCGAUCUCACCAACUGAGGAAAGGCCACUCGCUACCGCUGCUCUCGAAGGCUUUGGCUUGACGUUUGAUCUAAGGAAAUAUGACAUGUCUGUCGACCUCUUUCUGCACGCUGUCACCCUGGCAAUGAUCGAGCAAGGCCAAGAGCAACGCCCCCUAUUGUCCUCCGCCAACGAAAAUACCGACCAAGGAAACAAACUUCUACAGGUCCGUUACAUGAAGGUUCAGAAAGACUCCCCACAGUUCAUGACUGUGCAUGAAGGGGUGGAUCAGAGCGUAGAUUUGGAGCUAUCCACAUUCAGGAUAACGGUCGCCCCGGAGCCCAUCUUGAGCCUGUACGAUUUCAUCAUGACGACCUUCGUCCCGCAGGAUCAGCCACCAGAGUCGAUAUCUUCGAGGCGACAUUCUCAAAUCUCCAGUCAAAAGCCAGAUGUGCCAAUGCCACCUCCCAAGUCAACUGACAAGAUACGCGUGCGGGUAAAGGUCACAACUGCAUCAGUGUCACUCGAGAACAACGGGCUGAGCUUCGCCUUGUUGACUCUUCCCUCGGCCGAUGUCGCAGUCUUCCUGCGAAGUGGCACCUUGCGUGUAGCUGCUCGCCUCGGUGACCUCUCACUCGAAGACGUCUCGACCGCGCGGAAUCCCGCCGAUCAUUCUCGAGCUCUUCUAUCCAUCGAGGGACAGGAGCUCGCCGACUUCUCCUACGAGACAUUUGACCCGACGGAUGAAGAGACCUUCCCUGGCUACAAUUCGUCCGUUGUCCUGAAAGCCGGCUCCCUCAAGUUCACCUUCCUUGAGGGUCCCGUGCGCGACCUCUACGUCUUUGCUCUCAAAUUUGCGCGGAUGAAGGCUAUCUACGAUGCGGCGAGUCAGGCUGCCGUCCAGCGCGCCAGUGAGGUCACCCGAAUGCACUAUGACAUUGUGGUCAACACGCCCAUCAUCAUCCUGCCUUCGAAUGCCAGUCCCGAGGCUGAUCGCUUAGUGCUCAGACUUGGAGAAAUUGUCGCCAAGAACCAGUACCUCGGCGAUCCGAACGACAACAGCACCAUCGAGGCCAGUCUUAACGGAAUCAGCAUAACCUCUGAGAUCGUGAUGGAAGAGAAGAUGGCUAGCGUGCAGAUGGUCAAAGAUGUUGCCAUUACUGCAAAUGUCAAACAGAUCGGCAAGAGGGCUGGCGAUCAAGAGGCGGACACUGAGAUCGUCACUCGCAUGUCAGACGUCCAAAUGGCUCUGACACAGCGUCAGUACGGCCUAGUCAUGCGCGUUCUGGAAGCACUGCCGAAAGUGCUGGCAGACGUCAACAUGGACGAUGUCACGUCAGAGUCUGUCCCGGGGACGCCAUCUCGGCCCAUAUCCUCAGGUCCUCCCUCGGAUAGCGCCACACCAAUGGAAAACAGUGUGAAUCUGGAGCCGGAGCUGAGAGUGACAUCUCCAGUGGACGGAAAGAAGGAAGAUGUGUGGACAAAGAUGAAACUGCACUUCUCUGUCAAUUCUAUCGCACUGGAGGUGUUCUCUGGCCAGGCUCACCAGGAGGACGAUCUUCAGAAACACAGCAUUGCUCAAUUUGCUCUGCGGCAAACGAACCUCGGGUUAAAGCAGCUCUCGGAUGGUGCAAUGGAGCUCGAGUUCACCCUAGGCACGCUGUCAUUCUCCAACACCUCUGCAGGAAAUACCGUCCAUCGGGAGAUCAUUCCCGCUGCAGGUCAUGACAAGAACCAAAUCGUGGUGUCCUACACUUCGAGUGGCGGAGAUCAUUCCUCUGCCAUGGUGAUCGUGACAGUGGACAGUCCGAAGUUCACGCUCGCGGUAGAGCCACUAGCCGCACUAGCUGAAUUUGCGAUCAGUCCAUUCGCCGAACGGUCCGAGCAGCCGGCUCCAGUGGAGUCCGGAAACAGUGAACAAGAAGUGACGCCUACCACCAACUCGACCUCACUUGCCUUCCGCGUCGAGGUGGUCAACGCUAUCAUUGUUGUUGUGGCAGAUGACUCUGACCCAAAAUCCCAAGCCAUCUUCCUGAACGUUAAGGAGAUUCUCGUAUCGCAGCAAUCGAUCCUGGCAGUCAAGAUUGACAAGAUGGGCAUGUCGUUUGGUCGGAUGGACAAAGCAACAGAAAAGGAACGCGUCAAAUUCUUGGACGAACUCAAUGUCGCCUUAUCCUUGGACACUCGCCGACAGGGCUCGAGGCAGAUGACAAGCUUUGAUAUCGAUAUCCCGGAUCCGAUCAUCUUUAGAGCUUCCUAUUUUGACAUUAUGCUCAUUCUCGACAUUGUCAACAAGGCCUCUGCGGCAGCUCAGAGAGCACAGACUUCUGACCAGCCUGGUGGAGAAGCUCAGCGAUCCACUGUAGCAGCGGAUGGUACGACAGAUUAUUCGACCUCCAUAGCAGUGCCCGUCAAGACUCCGAGUCGGCGGGCUCCCGCUUCUACGAUCCGCAAGAGCCCUGAGCGAUCCAAAGUCAUCGUAUCCAAAGAGCAGCUCAAGGCACGAAUCAACGGAUUUCAACUGGUCCUCGUCGGAGAUCUGCAAGAGCUGCCGUUCCUACACUUGUCGACUCCCGAAUUCCAGAUCGCAAUCAACGACUGGUCUGGAGAUAUGAAGCUUGCCACGUCUAUUCAGCUGUCGAUUCGCUACUUCAACCUGGCGAAUUCAUACUUUGAACCGCUGCUGGACCCAUGGACCUUUAAUCUAAGAGUGAAUCGAACUACCACGGGCGGCGGAAACGCCCCGCUAUCCGUCCGCUUCUCAGCCACUGAUCGGUUGGAGAUGAAUCUGACGUCAGCAUUCAUCGAGCUGGCCAUCACGCUUCUGACCAUGUGGAGUAACGACUCGAACAAGAUCAAGGAGACUCGUGCAAAUGACACCAGUGACGCGCCGUUCCGGAUCCGCAAUUUGACCGGCCUACCAAUCCUGGUCUGGCCGGAAAAACGGGACACCAAUGCCCCGGUACACGGCGUCAAGCGCCUAGAGGAUGGCGCGGAUGUUCAAUGGCGAUUUGAGGACCGAAGAAGUACCCGAGAGAACAUUUCAGCCGCUAGGCACAAUGCGCUCGGGGUUCACAUCGAGAAUGCCUCGUGGGACAAGAUCCGCAGCAUCUCGGUCGAUCGAGCUGGUGAAUAUCCGCUGGUACUCAAGCCGAAGAUUGACAAGAUAUCCCAUCAAUUGAUGUGUGAGGUCACGUUGGAGAAUAAUAUCAAGGUCAUCACCUUCAGAUCAACCUUGACUGUCGAUAAUCAGACCAGUCUUGCCGUUGAAAUGGUCAUUGUGGACUCGCAUGGCAAAGCUUGCAGCGGUGCUCUCAGGAUGAACCCUGGACAGAGCUGCCCUCUACCGCUAGAAGCUGUUUAUGAGAAGAGGUUCCGGAUUCGACCGCUUCGAGGGUUCGGCUUUGAUUACAGUUGGUCUAUGCCUCUACAUUGGAAGCAAUUGGUCGCUCGCCCUAUCAGACCGAUUAGCUGUAAACAUCAGACACCAAAAGAGCCCGCUUUCUACUUCCAGGCACAGGCUAAUUUCAACGAGAAGGAUAUCUCUGCGAGGUCAUAUCCUCGCAUGAAGCUGGUCUUACGAGCGCCAAUUGAGCUAGAGAAUCUUCUGCCUUACGAUCUCAAAUUUAGAAUCCACGACAAGAACACCGGCUUGAGUUCUAGCAAUUUCUUGGUGAAGGGUGGAACGAGUCCAAUUCACACGGUUGAGCUGUCGCAUUUGCUUUUGCUCAGUGUCGCGCCGGAAGAUACAAACUUCAAGCAGAGUGACUACGCUAUCAUCAACACCGACGAUCCCGAGUUGCCGAUCGAGCACGAAUUCCAUCUCACAGAUCACCGCGACCUCAAAUUAAUGCUGAAGCUUCACUACUUCACGUAUCCGAGAUCCGGCGGGUCGUUCAAGGUACAGGUCUACAGCCCCUUCAUUCUCCUCAACAAGACGCGUUUGCCGUUCGACAUUGCCGCAAAAACGUGGACUGGGGGACAGAAAGCCUUGGCUGGGAGUGAUUUGUUCGCCAAUGACCAUAACCGCGACACACCGACACCAUUCAUGGUCGCGUUCCCCAAUGAAGAUCGCCGUAACAGGCUCUAUCUCAAAGUGGACGACUCAAAGUGGUCAAAGCCUCUUUCUUUCGAGCCUGUUGCUGCGGAUAUGCAGGUAGUCAUGCCUGCUUCAACCGGGGAAAGCGAGUACUUCGUCGGAAUGUCAUACGCCGAAGGUCUUGGAAAGUACAAACUCACCAAGGUCAUCACCAUCGCACCGAGGUUCAUUGUGAAGAAUACGUUUUCGUAUGCCUUGAAGAUCCGACAGUCUAGCACGCAAAACGUGAUGAGUCUCAAGCCUGGUGACAGUCUCCCGAUCCAUCAGUUGCAGAGUCGAGCGCCGAUGCAGUUUACCAUGGCAGCGGACGAUGCUGAGCUGAAGUGGACAGCGCCAUUCAGUAUCUCUGAUAUUGGACGGACCAACUUGACCUUGGACAGGGACAGCAGUCGCGGUCAGAAGACCUAUCUGAUGAGGGUCGAAACGCAUAUUCAAGGAUCGACUGUUUUCCUGUAUAUCUCGCGCGAGACUGAGCCGUGGCCGUUGAAGCUGAAGAACGAGACCAAUCUCCGAUUCACUUUCCAACAGACAGAUGCCGAUUCCGCGAAACGAAGCACACCUGUCAGGGAUCUGGAGCCUCAUGGGGCUGUCGACUAUGCUUGGGACUAUCCAGAUGCGCCUCACAAGCGAAUGAGGCUCAUGAUCGAGGGCAAUCCUUUGCCAAAGAAUAUUGAUAUGAUGGCUAUUGGAAUCCAGCCACCAGUCAAGAUCCCUCGCCGCGAAGGCCAGCGUGCAACAGUCAUCUCAAUGGACAUUCAAGCAGAUGGCAGUUCUCAAGUCUUGGUGAUUUCGCCUUACAAUGAGGACACCAGUGUCUAUAAACCGUCACGCCAGGCUCAAGGAGCAAUGCGUCGCUCUGACAGCACUGACAGCAUUCCUGGCGGAUCCUUCGAGACAGUUGCAGUCAACGAGAAGCCAAAUUUGACGGUGGUCCUGGAAUUCGAAGGGAUCGGAAUAUCAGUCGUGACCAAGAAGUGCGACGAACUCCUGUACUUAUCGCUCAGAGGUCUUACUGUCGGCUAUUCGGAUUAUCCGCAAUACUAUGACGCCUAUGUGGACUGCAAGUGGAUCCAGAUCGACAAUCAGCUCUUCGGGGGUCUGUUCCCUAUUAUCCUGUAUCCUACGGUCGUGCCGAAGGACGGCAAGGAAUUAGAGUCACAUCCAACCCUGCAGACUUCGAUAGCAAUACUGAAGGAUCGAUCCCACGGUGUUAUCUUCAUCAAAUAUGCUACAAUCCUUCUCCAAGCCAUGACCAUUGAGCUCGACGAAGAUUUCAUCUUUGCAUUGCUCGAGUUUGUCAAAUUUGAGGAUGCCUCGUGGAAGGAACCAGCUCCAGACGUGCUCAUCGAACAUCCCAAGGAAAUUCCUGAGCCGGACAUUGCCAAUGCAGCGGCAGACAUCUUCUUUGAAGCCUUGCAGCUUCAACCGAUGUCCCUUGAGCUGUCAUUCAUGAGAACAGAUCGUGUCAAUGUCGACGAAAAGGUGUCCACACGAAAUCCAUUUUACUUCGCUCUCAAUGCCUUGACUAUGACCCUCGGAAAUGUGAACGCCGCACCGGUCAACUUCAGGGCGCUGUUCUUGGAAAACUCUCGUCUGAGUAUCCCGUCUCUUCGCGAACGAGUCCAGCUUCACUAUCAAGAGCAAUUUAUGGCUCAGCUAUACCGCGUGUUGGGCUCUGCAGACUUCUUGGGCAACCCGGUCGGACUCUUCAAUAAUAUCAGUUCUGGAUUCUCAGACAUAUUCUACGAGCCGUAUCAAGGCAUGGUCAUGCACGGCAACAAAGACAUUGGUUUAGGUAUCGCCAGGGGCGCAACAAGCUUUGCGAAGAAGACUGUAUUUGGUAUCACGGACAGUAUGACAAAGUUCACUAGCAGUUUGGGCAAGGGUCUCUCUGCCGCUACUCUCGACACGGAAUAUCAAAACAAGAGAAGAAUGACACAGCGAAGAAAUAAGCCAAAGCAUGCCUUGUAUGGCGUGGCUGCCGGUGCCAGCGCAUUUGCGGAUAGUGUGACGAGCGCUUUCGAGGGCGUUGCCUCCAAGCCGAUGGAAGGUGCUGAGAAAGAUGGAGCGGCUGGUUUUGCGAAAGGUGUAGGCAAAGGCUUUGUUGGUCUCUUCACAAAGCCUGCGGUCGGCGUGAUGGACUUUUUGUCAGCCUCGACAGAAGGUAUCAGAAAUACCACAACGGUCUUUGAUCAAGCGGAUCUUGAUCGUGUGAGGCUUCCACGGCACAUAGCAUCGGACGGAGUUUUACGGCCGUAUAACCCACGAGAGGCUUUGGGGCAGUCUUGGCUCAAGGAGCUUGAUGCAGGAGCUUACUUCAGCGAGUCAUAUGUCGCCCAUCUGGACAUUCCGGGAGAUGAUGCCGUUGCCAUCUUGUCCAACAAUCGCCUGCUAUAUGUUCAGCUCCGCAAGCUGAGAGUCAUCUGGCAGGUGCCAUUUGAAGAUGUUCAAUCGUUGUCGCUCGAACAAUCUGGCAUCGUUAUCACCUUGAGAGGAGGGACGCCCGGACCAUUCUUACCGGUAUCGGAACAAAGUGGCAGAGAAUGGUUCUUCAAGCAGAUUGGAAAGGUGGUCAUAUCGUAUAACAAGCUGCACGCGCAGCGUGAUGAUUAG